AUGUCUUCCAUGUGGAAUUCUGUACGAAAACUACCUCUUAGAACUUCAAUACUUAAGGUACCAGUUAGAUAUAUUAACCUCUUAGAGUAUCAGAGCAAAUCAUUAUUGAAAAAGCAUGGUGUUGCAAUUCAGGAUUUCUGUAUGGUGGAUGAUUCGGGGACAAACCAACUUGAUAAUUUUAACGCCAAAGAGUAUGUUAUCAAAGCACAAAUAUUGGCUGGAGGUAGAGGAAAAGGACAUUUUGAUUCAGGUUUCAAAGGAGGAGUACAUUUAACUACUGAUCGUAAUAAGAUCCAAGAGAUAGCCAGGCAAAUGUUAGGCCAUAAAUUAAUUACAAAACAAACUCCACAAGAUGGUAUAUUAGUAAGGAAAGUCAUGGUUGCAAGAAGUGUGAAUAUAAAGAGAGAGACGUAUGUUUGUAUUUUAAUGGACCGAAUGAGUAAUGGUCCUGUACUUAUUGCUUCACCAGCUGGGGGAGUAGAUAUUGAAGCUGUUGCAGAGAAAACACCACACCUUAUCAAAAAAGUUCCAAUUGAUAUCUAUGAAGGUCUCACAGAUUCCACUGCCAAAGAAGUCGCUCAAUUUUUAGAAUUUAAAGGAAAUUUACAAGAAAAAGCAGCAGAUCAACUGAAAAAAAUUUGGGAACUUUUCCUGAAAGUAGAUGCUAUCCAAGUGGAAAUAAAUCCGUUUGUAGAGACAGAAGAGGGAGAAGUAAUUUCUGUAGAUGCCAAAAUGAACUUUGAUGAUAAUGCUGCAUAUAGACAAAAAGAAAUAUUUGCAAUGCAUGAUACUUCUGAAGAUGACCCUAGGGAAGUUGAAGCAGCAAAAUACAACUUAAACUACAUUGGAAUGACUGGAAAUAUAGGGUGUUUGGUGAAUGGUGCAGGUUUAGCAAUGGCUACUAUGGACAUUAUAAAAUUGUAUGGGGGCGAUCCAGCUAAUUUUUUAGACGUGGGAGGAUCAGUUAAAGAAGACCAAGUCAAAGCUGCAUUUAAAAUAUUAACUUCAGAUGAAAAUGUAAAGUCAAUCCUUGUGAAUAUAUUCGGGGGUAUCGUUAACUGCGCAACUAUAGCUAAUGGUAUUGUUGGAGCUUCAAAAUCAAUUAAUUUCGAUAUUCCGUUAAUUGUUCGCUUGGAAGGUACAAACGUAAAUGAAGCAAAGAAGAUAAUAAAAGAGUGUGGCCUUGCUAUACAGUCUGCUGACGAUCUUGACGACGCUGCCCAGAAGGCUGUUAAAAGCAUUGAUAAAGCUCAGAAAGUAACUGCAUAAAAUUGUUAUCUGUUUGUCGUAUAGUUAUAUUUUUUAUAUCAAUUUAUAAUUUCCGAUUUGUUGUUUGUUAAUUAAGAACUGAUAUUUUUACAAUUUG